CUUCCGGAUAGGGGGCGUGCAAGAUGGAGGACAAAAUGAGAUUUUUGACGUUUCAAAUUUUAAUUUCUUUAAUUUAUUCCACAAUGGCAGAGGUGACAGAAACUCCACUGUCACCGUCAGUUGAUACAGAAGAAGAGGAAAUAGUUUCAAAUCAACACAAAACUGACAGCUUGACAAUUUUAAUGUUAUUAGGCUUGUUGUUGUUGACAAUUUUAACAGUUUGGUUAUUUAAACAUAGAAGAUUUAGAUUUGUGCACGAAACCGGAUUAUCAAUCAUUUACGGGUUGAUUGUGGGAGCUGUAAUUCGUUACACAAGUCAUCCAAAUGUUCAAUCUACAGCUCAUGCUGUGUUGCAGAAGUAUGACAAGGCAGAUCCUCCAGAGGCAGUUUUUGUUAACUUCUCUCAUAUUGUUCAUAAUAAAAGUGAAGAGAAAAUUAUUAAGUAUUCUUUAGAUAAAAUAGUAGCGGACAUAGAGGAAGAGGCUCCACUUGAAAAAACAGUAACAUUUGAUCCAGAAAUAUUUUUCAAUGUAUUCUUGCCAGUGAUUAUAUUUGAAGCUGGGUACAGUAUGAAAAGAAGGCACUUUUUCAAAAAUUUUGGAGCCAUUGUGAUGUAUGCAUUUAUUGGAACAACUGUAUCAUGUAUGGCUGUUGGUGGUUUGAUGUUUGCAUUCACACGAUUUCUGCCUAUGACAUUUACAGUGAAUGACUGUUUCUUUUUUGGAGCAAUUAUAUCAGCCACUGAUCCUGUGACAGUGUUGGCGAUAUUCAAUGAUUUAAAUGUGGAUGUAACACUGUAUGCACUGGUGUUUGGGGAGAGUGUUCUCAAUGAUGCUGUAGCUAUUGUACUAUCAGGGUCGGUGUUAACAUUUGAAGAAAGUUCUGUGGAAGCUUAUGGGAAGGAGAAAUCUGCAGGAUUCAGUGUCCAUGCAUUUUUCAAAGCUCUUGGAAACUUUGCUGGUAUAUUUGGAGGGGCAUUUCUGAUUGGAUCCCUGAUUGGAAUGGCGACAGCAUUAUUAACGAAGUAUACAAAGAUCCGCGAGUUCCCUCUUCUUGAGACAGCUCUGUUUUUUCUCAUGUCUUAUGCAUCAUUUCAGACAGCUGAAGCCACUGGACUUACGG